AUGUUGCCAUUUUACAGAUCAGGUACAGAAGAAGAGUACACUGAAUUUGAUCAGCUGUUAGAAUAUCUUAGUAGCUACAGAAGAGAUAUGCAAGAGCUCAAGGAUAUGAAGGCCAAAGGAAGAGAGAGAAAAAAAGAAAAAGAAUUACAAACUAGAGAAAAAGGAACUCAGAUGAGAGAGGCAGCUUUAAUUGGAAUGACAAGUAAAGAAUAAUGAUGAAAAAGCUGCUUAAAUUGUGAUUACUUAAUUAUGCACUGGUCAGUCAAAUGCCCGGGUUUAUGCCCAGGGGAAUGUCACACCUUUGAUUUGACUGGUGCAUUUAAAUGGCAGAUAAAUAUGUUUUCUUGUUUUUGAGGGAUGUGAAUCAUGCUAAUUUGCUUAUUUCAGAUAGAAAGCAUAGUGAAUCAGGUGUAAGCAUCUCAGAUGAGGAGGAGGAGGAUGACAAUGAUGGAGAGUCUAUUAACAUAGUAACACCAAAAGGUAAAUCUCUUUUAAUCUCUGUUAAUACCAGACAUUUGCGUUUUUGCAGUUAAGGUUAAGUACUGUAAUAUCACUAAUAUAUACAGUGUGAGCAAAAUCCUACAGUGCUUGCAAGUUGCAACAAAAUGUGAUUUCCAAAAAGGUUAAUUGAAAAUGUUCACAAUAAGUUCCAACACCCAGAACUACUGAUUUUCCAAUUAACAUUAAUAUUGAAAUCAGAUUUUGUUUCAAGUUCCUGCAAUUUAUAUUGCUUAUAUCACUUUGCCUUUACGAUUGGCUUUUUAUUAGGUCAUAAUUUGUUUGUUUUAAUUACUUUCUCAGCAUCUAAAAAAAAAGAGCCAGCAGGCUAUCUGUAG